AUGAUGAACUCUUAUUGUGUUGCGGGUGGUUCUUCUUCCUCCAACAACAGGGAGGGUGAGAGGGGAUCUUUACAAACAACCAAUUCCAUUAAAUCACUCAAAGAGCUAGAAUUGAAACAAAAAGAAUUAAACGAAAGAGCAGACUCACUAUUAAAGGCUGAAAAAGAACUUGAAAAACAACAAGAACAAUUACUCAUCCGAAUCAAAGAAAACACUCAACGAAGUUUGGAUUUAGAUCAACGAGAACAACGAAUUUCCGAUAUUGAAGAAAAGCUUUCCAAAUCCACCACCGUUACCACAACUCGAGGUCCACCCAAUGAAAUGGUACGAUUAAAUGUGGGCGGUACCAUAUUUGCAACGACUAUGGCUUCAUUAUUGAGUGAGAAGGAUACAUUCUUUUCAGCUUAUUUUAGUGAUUAUUUUGUUCCGAAUCCAGAAGAACAUGAUCAUGCCUAUUUUAUUGAUAGACCCAAUGCAAAUUUUGAAUUAAUUUUGGAUCACUUACGAGGUUUAAACAUUCGUUCAAAGAUUGAAAGAUUGAGCGAGAAAGACUUGAUGGAAUUUGUUGAUGAGGUUGUUUAUUAUCAAGUCACAAGCAUCUUUUCAUUAUUGCCAUCAAUGGGAAAGAAUUCUUUACGAAACAAAUACACCUUGGAAUUAGACGAAGAAAAAUUGAGAUGUGACACCUUCGAUCCCACUUAUACGUCCUCUGGAUUACAGUUAACAAGCAAUAAUAAGAGAGUGGUUAAAAAAGAUCACCGAAAGAAUAGCUUUAUCGUGUUCGGAGACGUAUGUGCUUCAGAAUAUUCGAUCAAGCUGAUUUCAAAUUGUGCCAAUUUAUUUGUUGGAUUUGCCUCAAGAACUGUCAAUGUUCAUUCGGAUUCUUUGAGCUAUGACAAUACAGGAGGAUAUUACUUAAAGAUGGGAAAUGGACGUUUAUUUAGUUCUAACAAGACAAACUGCCCUUAUAAUGGCGAACCCAUUAAGGACGGUUCUGUCGUGAAAGCCAUUUUGAAAGAAAACAAGAUUUCAUUCAUGGUGAAUGGUAAAACAAUUGGAAAAGCUUAUGACGUUCCCUCUCAUAAUUUAUACCCUCAUUGCUUGUUCAGGACGUUGAUUGUGAAGUGGAGAUUUUAUCUUGAUUUUUGUGGUGUUUUUAAGAAUAAUAUUGGUAAGGUGUUCAGAUUCUAA